AUGGCUUCUUCUCCAGGCAGAGCUAUGUUCUUCCUCGGGCUAUCCCUGGUGCUACUAGGCGACCUUCGCUGCAGUUCUUGUUCUCAGGUGUAUGUGGUUUACAUGGGCAAAGGGUCGCAGGACGACAGUGAUCGUCAGCAUGACAUCUUGAGGCUUCACCACCAGAUGCUGACUGCUGUUCACGAUGGAAGCUCGGAGAAGGCGCAGGCAUCACAUGUCUACACUUACAGCAGCGGUUUCCAAGGAUUCGCUGCCAAACUGAACAAAAGGCAAGCCAUGAAAUUAGCCGAGAUGCCUGGUGUCGUCUCGGUGUUCCCAAACACAAAGAGGAGAUUGUGCACCACCCAUUCUUGGGAUUUCAUGGGCUUGUCCACCAAUGCAGAGGGUGAGGUCCCUGGAUUGUCCACCAACAACCAGGAGAACGUCAUUGUUGGAUUCAUUGACACAGGAAUUUGGCCAGAAUCCCCUAGUUUCAGUGAUCAUGGGAUGCCUCCGGUUCCUAAAAGAUGGAGAGGGCAAUGCCAAAGCGGAGAGGCAAAUUCACCAUCAAAUUUCACCUGUAACAGGAAGAUAAUAGGAGGUAGAUAUUACCUCAAUGGAUACCAAACAGAAGAGAGUGGUUCAAGUAAAAAUGCCAUCAAGUUCAUAUCUCCAAGAGAUAGCUCAGGGCAUGGCAGCCAUACUGCCUCAAUAGCAGCUGGAAGAUUUGUCAGAAACAUGAAUUACGGAGGUUUGGGCACUGGAGGAGGUCGGGGAGGAGCCCCCAUGGCAAGGAUUGCAGCCUAUAAGUCCUGCUGGGAUUCUGGCUGUUAUGAUGUUGACAUUCUCGCAGCAUUUGAUGAUGCCAUCAGAGAUGGCGUCGACAUUAUAUCAGUGUCUCUAGGUCCAGACUAUCCUCAGGGUGACUAUCUCAGCGACGCCAUAUCCAUUGGGUCAUUCCAUGCGACAAACAAUGGAAUACUGGUCGUUUCUUCAGCAGGAAAUGCUGGGAGACAGGGCUCAGCAACUAACCUUGCGCCAUGGAUGCUCACAGUAGCUGCAGGAACAACUGAUAGAUCAUUUUCUUCAUAUAUCAGACUGGCAAAUGGUACCUUCAUAAUGGGUGAGAGCUUGAGUACAUACCACAUGAAAACUUCCGUUAGAACUAUUUCAGCUUCGGAAGCCAAUGCAGGCUAUUUCACCCCUUAUCAAUCCAGCUUGUGUCUGGAUAGCUCUUUAAAUAGUACCAAGGCCAAGGGAAAGAUUCUUAUUUGCCAACGUAAUGAAGGCUCCUCCGAAUCACGUUUAGCAACGAGUAUGACUGUAAAGGAAGCUGGUGCAGUUGGGAUGAUUCUCAUUGAUGAGAUGGAGGAUCAUGUUGCUAAUCACUUUGCUGUUCCUGGAGUCACUGUUGGGAAAGCCAUGGGUGACAAAAUUCUUUCUUAUGUCAAAAGUACAAGGCAUGCCAGUACAAUGAUCUUGCCAGCAAAGACGAUCUUAGGGUUGCGAGAUGCCCCACGGGUAGCGGCAUUCUCUUCAAGAGGUCCAAGUUCAUUGACACCUGAGAUUCUGAAGCCGGACAUCGCUGCUCCUGGGCUGAACAUCUUGGCGGCAUGGUCUCCUGCUAAGAAUGAUAUGCACUUCAACAUUCUGUCUGGGACUUCCAUGGCAUGUCCACAUGUUACAGGAAUAGCAGCUCUUGUGAAAAGUGUAUAUCCAUCAUGGUCUCCUUCAGCCAUCAAAUCAGCAAUCAUGACAACAGCAACUGUACUGAACACUAAAAGGAAAACCAUAGCAAGGGACCCUAAUGGGAGGACUGCGGCAACACCAUUUGACUUUGGCUCGGGUUUUGUGGAUCCCAUCAAAGCUCUCAACCCAGGGAUAAUCUUUGAUGCACAACCUGAAGACUACAAGUCAUUCUUAUGUACUACAAGCUGCGAUGAUCACUCCUUGCAUCUAAUUACCGGAGACAACAGUAGCUGCACCCACAGAGCCUCCUCUUCCGCCACUGCUCUGAACUACCCAUCAAUCACCAUUCCAUUUCUGAAGCAGAGCUAUUCGGUCAUGCGGACUAUGACUAAUGUGGGUAAUCCAAGGAGCACUUACCAUGCUGUGGUGUCAGCUCCUCGAGGCAUCAAAGUGAGAGUGACACCAGAAGUUAUAAAUUUCGAGAACUACGGUGCAACGAGGACGUUCACAGUUAGCUUAUAUGUGGAUGUGCCUCCUCGAGGUUAUGUUUUUGGCUCUUUAUCUUGGCAUGGAAAUGGAACAGACGCUCGGGUGACGAUGCCGUUGGUAGUGAAAGUACAGACUUCUGACAAGGCCUGA